AGCAAAGCAAACCCCGGCAAGGCACGUGUCCGGACCACGGAUCCGUCGAAACGCUGGCAAGUGGGCCCCACACCGCCCCCUUCACCCCCGCCUACAAGUAGCCGGGCCAGGCCGCCUGCCUCAAGCUGCAACUGCAUACAUACAGCUAGAAACCAACAGACACGUAAGCUAAUUCAAGGUUUUGAGAGCCUAGCAUCCAUGGCGGCGGCGACGACGAUCCAGUCGGUGAAGGCGCGGCAGAUCUUCGACAGCCGCGGCAACCCCACCGUCGAGGUGGAUAUUGGGCUCAGCGACGGGAGCUUCGCCAGGGGCGCCGUGCCCAGCGGCGCCUCCACCGGUACGCACCCUACCCUGCCUUCUCCCCCGUUCCGCCAUGGCUUCUUUCUUGUAACUUUGUUCGCUUUCCUCAACGCUGGCUUUUAUCAACCAGGAAUCUACGAGGCCCUGGAGCUGAGGGAUGGAGGCUCUGAUUACCUCGGCAAAGGUGUUCUCAAGGCGGUGAGCAAUGUAAACGCCAUCAUCGGGCCGGCGCUGAUCGGGAAGGACCCGACCGAGCAGACCGACAUCGACAACUUCAUGGUCCAGCAGCUCGACGGGACCUCCAACGAGUGGGGCUGGUGCAAACAGAAGCUCGGGGCAAACGCGAUCCUCGCAGUGUCGCUGGCGGUGUGCAAGGCCGGCGCCAUGGUCAAGAAGAUCCCUCUUUACCAGCACAUUGCAAAUCUUGCCGGGAACAAGACCCUGGUGCUGCCCGUGCCAGCUUUCAAUGUGAUCAACGGAGGUUCUCACGCCGGGAACAAGCUCGCCAUGCAGGAGUUCAUGAUCCUCCCAACCGGCGCCGCCUCGUUCAAGGAGGCCAUGAAGAUGGGAGUUGAGGUGUACCACCACCUUAAGAGCAUAAUCAAGAAGAAGUAUGGCCAAGACGCCACAAACGUUGGGGAUGAAGGUGGCUUUGCACCUAACAUUCAGGAAAACAAGGAGGGCCUUGAACUGUUGAAGGCAGCUAUAGCUAAGGCUGGCUACACUGGAAAGGUGGUCAUUGGAAUGGAUGUUGCUGCUUCUGAAUUCUACAGCGAGAAGGACCAGACCUAUGACCUUAAUUUCAAGGAGGAUAACAACGACGGAUCCCACAAAAUCUCGGGCGACAGCCUGAAAGAUCUGUACAAGUCCUUCGUCUCCGAGUACCCUAUCGUGUCGAUCGAGGACCCGUUCGAUCAGGAUGACUGGGCCACCUACGCCAAGAUGACCGGUGAGGUUGGGCAGCAGGUGCAGAUUGUCGGAGACGACCUUCUUGUUACUAACCCCACGAGGGUUGCCAAGGCGAUCAGUGAGAAGACCUGCAAUGCUCUUCUCCUGAAGGUGAAUCAGAUAGGCUCGGUGACGGAGAGCAUCGAGGCCGUCAGCAUGUCCAAGCGCGCCGGGUGGGGAGUGAUGGCGAGCCACAGGAGUGGUGAGACAGAGGACACCUUCAUCGCCGACCUCUCGGUCGGCCUGGCCACGGGCCAGAUCAAGACUGGAGCUCCCUGCAGGUCCGAGCGUCUGGCCAAAUACAACCAGCUGCUGAGGAUCGAGGAGGAGCUCGGCGACGCGGCGGUGUACGCCGGAGCAAACUUCAGGGCGCCGGUGGAGCCCUACUGAAAAGAAGCCGGGUUGCUUCAUAGGUCUGAAGGGAGAUGGUCCAUGAGUUCUUAUGGUGCUGCUAGUUAUACUAUUACUGCUGUAUUUUGGUCCAAGCGUUCUCUACCCGAGAGCUAAUAGUUGUGAUUACUCGUACGCUUUUGCUGUUGGCCAAUUAGUGGUGUGUUUAUGUUCAUCUGAAAUAAAACAGUUUAUGCUCU